AUAUAAAUCACAUGUUACCAUAGCUGGCAGCAUAUGAAUCCUACAUUCUCAUCCACUGAGCCUGUCAUAAAAGCUAGUACUUAGUUGUUAGUUUGCCUCUGCUAGUUGCCAUUAUUCACAUUUCACUCAACUCACCCCAAGAAUAAUGGAACAUAGAAGAAACUCAUCAUGGUUUCUUCUAUUCUCAACUCUUUCUUGUCUUUUUCUCCCAUGUUUCUUAGGUUCUGUUGGAGCUUACAAAAAUUACACAGUGGGAGAUUCUUUAGGCUGGUUUGACAAUCUUGAAAAGCCAACUGUUAAUUAUCAGAAGUGGGUUGCCAAGAAACAAUUCAGCUUGGGAGAUUUCCUCAUUUUCAACACAGACAAUAACCACUCUCUUGUUCAAACAUAUAAUUUCACCACAUACAAACAAUGUGAUUAUGAUGAUGCACAAGACAAGGACACAAUCCAAUGGUCAUCAGUUGAUCCGUCCAACACUGAUAUACAUCCAGUCACAGUGGCAGUUCCUUUACUGAAAGAAGGGGCAACAUAUUUCUUCUCUAGUGAUUAUGAUGGUGAACAAUGCAAAAAUGGACAACAUUUCAAAAUAAAUGUGACUCAUGGACAAGGGUUGCCGAAGAGUCUUCAAAAGCCGUCCGAAGAUUCUCCAUCUCCUGCUAGUCCGAUUUCUGGUGACGAUGAGUCUGCACCAGACACAAAUGUUCCUUCCAAUUUCAACAAUCCUAAGGAAGAUAGUGACGAUGAAAAAACUAGUGACAAAGAUAAAGAUAAAGAGGAAUCAAGUUCUCUUUCGAUGUUAAAGUAUGUAAAAUUUCACAACAAGUUAUAUGGUUGCCUUGUUUUAUUAGGGACAUUUUUCUUUUUUUAGUAUGUUAAGAUACCCUUUAUUUAUUUUAUAAUAAUUUAUUAUAGAUUUUAUUAUCUUCUUAAUUAAAUUUUGUUGACGUGAGAUGUGAGCUAGGGUAUACUAUAUCUAUGUUAUUGUUGUAUAAAACUUCAAAUUAUAUUUAUGGUGUAAAUUUCAAAUAGUAUAUUGAGAAAGAACAAGAGUUCAAGAAAUUGUCCCUUUUGUUUUUAA